GUAUGUCCUUCCUCCCUGCAUUCAAUCCUAUUCCCAGAAACCUCGCCUCGCCUCCUCGUUGUUGGUCCUUCCUCCCUACAUUCAAUCCUAUUCCGCCUCCUCGUUGGUGUCUGUCCUUCCUCCCUUCAUUCGAUUCUACUUCCUCCCCUCUUGUUUGAUUGCUAGCCUGUUUCUAUUCCUUCGCCGCUUGUUCACCUGUUGUCAUCUCUGUUGGAAAGAAUGCCAUGAUACUGAGGGCGAUAGAUAGAACACGACGAUGGGGAAAAAAACCGCGAGCGGACAGCUGGCAGUCAUGUGUUG